GAAUCCCGCGCCGUGAUUCACUUUUGCUGUGUAAUAACAGAUUGUACCGAGAAAGGUGGCUUGUGGUGUGUGAAGAUAUACAGCCUAAACAUUCAAACGAAGUUGUAAGAUGGAGUAUUUAAUUGGUAUACAGGGACCAGACUUCGUCUUAGUUGCAGCUGAUAAUGUUGCAGCGAGCAGUAUAAUCCAGAUGAAACAUGAUUACGAUAAAAUGUUCAAGCUCAGUGAAAAGAUCCUGCUGCUGUGUGUGGGCGAGGCCGGUGAUACGGUGCAGUUCGCAGAAUACAUUCAGAAAAACGUGCAACUCUACAAAAUGAGAAAUGGUUACGAGCUUAGUCCAGCAGCAGCAGCCAACUUCACCAGAAAGAACCUGGCGGACUACUUGCGUAGUCGGACCCCGUACCAUGUGAACCUCCUCCUGGCUGGUUACGAUGAGACGGAUGGACCAGGGCUCUACUACAUGGACUACCUGGCAGCUGUUGCCAAAGCCCCCUUUGCUGCCCAUGGCUAUGGUGCCUUCCUCACACUCUCCAUCCUGGACAGAUACUACAAACCAGAUCUCACUCGUGAUGAGGCAGUAGAACUUCUCAAGAAGUGUGUAGAGGAGCUGAACAAGCGUUUCAUCCUGAACCUGCCCUCAUUCAACGUGCGCCUGAUUGACAAGGAUGGCAUCCACGACCUGGAGAAGCUUCCCCUGGGUGCCAAGUGACCUCCCGCUCCCGCCACCCAGUCCCUGUGUGAUUUUUGUACUACACAUAUAUCUGCCCAUGUUCUAAUAAAAGUCCCGUGCUGAA